AUGGCGACUCUUCUGCAAGCCCUAGUCGCUGAACCUCACAGACUCGAUCCACAUGCCAUCCACGCAUCGGCCUUGUCUACUUUUGACUGGCAUGCUGGGAGGGAUGACCUCGCAAACGCAAGCGACAUGGCACUACUAGACCAAGUACGGGAUGAUAUCAAGAUAGACAUGAAGGAAAUUUACACAGCUCGCAUGAACACAGCACGUUACCUGCUAUUGACUGCCACUCGCUCCGUUCUUUGGGACUUCCACGGCUGUGCCCAUCUCGCAGCAGAUCUCGAAACCAUUGACGAGAUCCGCGUAGCAAAGACAUUAAGCCACCAGUGUGCUGGCGUUAGACCAGAGGAGUGCGAGAAGCAAUGGACAGCUGAUAUGGCGUCCCUAAUCAUCUCUCUCGUUGGCGCCAACGCAUAA